GCGGCCGGCGGCGCGCCGAGCCUCGGCGGACGGAGUCGGAGGCGGCGGCGGACCCGGCUUCUCCCGGCGCAGCGGAGCCUGGUCCUGGGCUGUCCCCGCAGCGGGCCAUGCCCCCGCGGGAGCUGAGCGAGGCCGAGUCGUCCCCACUCCGGGCCCCGACCCCUCCCCCGCGGCGGGGCAGCGCGACCACGGAGCUGGGCAUCAAGUGCGUGCUGGUGGGCGACGGCGCCGUGGGCAAGAGCAGCCUCAUCGUCAGCUACACCUGCAAUGGGUACCCCGCGUGCUACCGACCCACGGCGCUGGACACCUUCUCCGUGCAAGUCCUGGUGGACGGGGCGCCGGUGCGCAUCGAGCUCUGGGACACGGCGGGACAGGAAGACUUUGACCGCCUGCGCUCCCUCUGCUACCCGGACACCGAUGUCUUCCUGGCCUGCUUCAGCGUAGUGCAGCCCAGCUCCUUCCAAAACAUCACCGAGAAAUGGCUGCCCGAGAUCCGCACCCACAACCCCCAGGCGCCCGUGCUGCUGGUGGGCACCCAGGCCGAUCUCAGGGACGAUGUCAACGUCCUGAUCCAGCUGGAUCAGGGCGGCCGGGAGGGCCCCGUGCCCCAGCCCCAGGCUCAGGGCCUGGCUGAGAAGAUCCGGGCCUGCUGCUACCUCGAAUGCUCUGCCUUGACCCAGAAGAACUUGAAGGAGGUCUUUGACUCUGCCAUUCUCAGUGCCAUCGAGCACAAAGCGCGGCUGGAGAAGAAACUGAACGCCAAAGGGGUGCGCACCCUCUCCCGCUGCCGCUGGAAGAAGUUCUUCUGCUUUGUUUGAACAGCUGUGGCAGAGUAGGGAGCCUUAGACAUAAGGCCACGGACAUCUGGAGCCUGGGGUAGGGACUACUGGCAGGGCCAGGCUACCCCAUGAGACUCAGUUCCCUUCUGAACACUAUGGGGACGUGGGCCUCUAACUGCCCACUCAUGCCAGGUGGAGCCUAGGGCCUGGAAGAAGGAAGGCUGGAACUUGGAUUUCUGUGGUUCCAGGCUUACAGAGAAAUCCCAGCACUUUGAUGUUCACGGGAUGGUCCUAACAGUGUCAGCCACCUCCAAGCAGUUUGGGAUCCAAUUCCCAGCUUCUUAUCAUGGGCCCGCAGGUCACGCUGGCUGAAUUAGGACCCCCCUGUGGUGGUCCCCACCUCCUCCUUGGCACAGGGGUGAGGAAGAGCCCAGGGAAUAGCUGGGCAUCUUGGAGAGCUGGCAGGUGUCCAGCCCUAUUUGGAAAGUUUGGGAUGGGCUGUGUAAGGUAGAAACCAGUGAGAGAUCAAGAGGGAGCAGAAAACGAGGCCCUGGAGCCUUGGGACUGGAGGCUGGGAAGGAGAAGGCAGACGAGAGAGCUAGGCCUGGAAGGAGUCAGAGGAGAGCAGAGAAGUGGAGCAGCUGAGGAGUAAGACUGAUACCUGGGCUGCCCUCAACCCCCAAGGCCAGGGAGGGCGGGGCCGAUCCCUGGGAAGAACUGGGUCUCAAGGCUCCCUAGGCACUGCCCAAACUGGCUGGGCUAGGAGUGGGGCCGGAAGUGAGAGACAAGGCCCAGCCGAGGAGGGGGAGAAGCUGCAAACCAGAAUCUGAAGGAAGCAGGGGCUGGGGACCACCUUUUUCUCCAAGGUCGCAGCCUAGAAGGUAGGGCCGCGCAGACCGCAAAUAAAGAUGUCCGUUUCUGGA